CUGAGUUGGAGGCGCACCAGAGAGGACAGGCGCACCCAGACAAGGGAACAGAAAGUAUAGCUGUCACUUCUAUUUAUAUGGUUCCCAUGACUUGCUAUCAGCAAAAGUGCAUGUGAGUCCUGUGCGUCUGGAAAGAUGGAUAAGUUCAAAACUGUUCUUAAAUUUGUUCAGAAUCAGCAGACUAGUCUCGGGUUUGGUUUAGUUGCGUUGUUAACUGCAGGCGGGGAACAGAUAUUUUCGUCGGUGGUGUUCAAAUGUCCUUGCAGCGGCUGGAACUUUUUAUAUGGCAUGGUGUUUCUCUUAGUGCCUGCUCUGGCACUGUUGGUGUUAGGUUACAUCAUGAGCAAUAAAACAUGGAAAUUGUUUACAGGUUUGUGUUUACGCAAAUCCACAUUUUGUAGUUUUAAGUAUUUUUGCGCCUGUGGGGUGGUCUUCUUUCAGAUCACCACGACAGCAGUAGUUGCACCUGUAAGUUGGAUUGCAGUCGCUUUGCUCAAUGGCAAUUACUUUGAAUGCGCCAUGACUGGCGUCAAUGUAACGGUUUUCACAAACCACCUUUGCGAUGGAAAGAGUCCGCAGUGCCUGGAUGAACUUUAUAAAUUCCCCUGCGGGAGGGCCACCAACGUGCCACAAUCUGAAAGGGAUGAUGUGCUGGCAACCAUCCGCGCUGAGUCGCAGGUGAGAUAAUAUCCUUUCUUCUUUGUCCCAUUUUACACACUUCUAUAUGUUUUAGUGGGCUAUCCUUGUUUUUGUCCACAGCCUGUUGGAGUGUAGGUGAUUCGACUGUAAACAGUAAUUGACACCACUGGAUGUGUUCUGACAGCUAAGGGAGUUGUAUUAUAUUUUAAACUGAGCCUCUGACAUUAUGAAGUACACAUUUUUGCUUUGAAGGCAUUUGUUGCAUCGCAACAAAAGCAGAAGUGCCCCAAAGCAGAAGUGCCCCAAAGCAUAGGCUACUUAUAAGAAUUCCAUUGUUGUAAAAUGUCAGUUCUUCUUCAGUCUGACUCAGUUUCUGUAAGACUUGUUCUCAUUAAUGUACAAAACUUUACAGUGUUUCCCAUAUUUUAAUUUAGCAGUGGUGGGCCGCCACUGCUAAAUUGUGUCUCUGCGGCUAAGAGGAGGGCCUCUAAAAUGUAUGGUUGGAGAUCGCACCAUUGGCCACACCCACUACCACGCUAUUCUAACUUUGCCACCGCUGCUGAAAAAAAUCCUAAGGGAAACACUGCUUCCUAUUGUAUAAAGAGGUGAUGGAUUAAUUGAUGACCAAAACACCUCUGAAAUGAAUCUACCAUUCCUUAUACAGUAUACUGCCCAAAUACAUUCCCCGGCUACCUGCUAUUUUUAUAGAUAUGGUUUGAGUUUGAGCAGUAUAAUGUAUGUGGGUAAUUAUAACUGUGACAUUAACUCAGGCAUUCCAGGUAAGGGGUUAAGCAGAAUAGUUGAAUAUUGUGUUGAAUGUAUUGGUUUUGAUUUCAGGUCCUGGGUUGGCUACUGAUCGCCUCCAUCAUGGUCUUCAACCUCCUGCUGAUCUGCGUUGCCCGGUGUAACUCCCCAGUCAGCUCCCUGCAGCUGAAGUUCUGGAGGGCCUAUGCCCAGCGGGAGAGCGACCUGCUGGAAAGCUACACGGCAGAUCACGCCGAAAAGCUUGCAGAGAGGAACCUGAAGAGCUUCUUCCAGCAGAUGCCUCCAGAGCCUGUCACCACCCCACCUAACCAGGCUUGGGAGAAGAUCUCGUCCCUCUACAGGUUCAGCACCAGAGACCACUACUAUAGCAUCCUGCACAAGUACGUGGAGACGUGUCAUGAUCCUGCAGAGGCCAGGGACCACAGGAUGUCGUCUGUCAGGUCAGACGGUCCAGACACUGCUAAUCUAGCCGUGCUCGCCUUUGUGGAUGAGGGCAAGAUGAUGCUGUGAAUGGGCAUGCAUAUGAUCAUAGGAACAGCAGUGACAGCAUCACUAUCAUGACCGUAUCUGUAAUCAUCAUUAUUUUAUCAUCAUAGUUAUGACUCAUUAUAGAGAAUUGUUGUCAGCAUUAUAAUCUUCAUCAUCAUCAUCAUUAUCGCUGCGCAUCAGGGGAUUUUUCAGUAGAAAGACCAAUCACAUUAUCUGAUUAACCACUCUCAGGCCUUCACUUGAAUAACAAUUCUUCCCAAUUUUAUAUUGUUACUUGAAAGUUCACUCACUGUAUCACCAGCGCUGCUUGCAGCUUUUUAUUUGAAAUUCUAUGCUCAGAAGGGAAAUAAUCAUUUUUAAAAUAGUUGACCAUACUUUCUUUCUCUUUUACUUUUAUUUUUUCUUCAGUAUUUUAAUGCUCCUCAGACUUGGCCUACAUACAGCUGGUCUGUGGCAUUAA